AGAUAUUAAGGUCGAUAAAAGUAAGAAUAAAUAAAAAAAUUUAGAGAAGUAACAACCAGGAAUAAUGGUAAAAAUAGAUAUCGAUAGAGAGAAAAAGUUCACAAUGGAAACGACAAAGAAAAUGGAAAAGAUUCAAAUAUAUCCAUCAAAACAACAGCACAAUAGUUUCAAUAAUAAAAUAAAACCAAAACUUAUCAUGUCACCACUAACGACAAUGCCGACAAAUGCAAAGAAAUUAAUGAUUGCUGCAAAUGGAAUUCAAAUGAAACAACAGAAUAUUAUGCAUCAGCAGCAGCAGCAGCAACAACAACAACAGUCGACUGCCAAUGAGAAUAAUGUGAAUAAUAAGAAGAAAGAGGAUAAUAAUGAUGUGAAAUUGCCCACAGAUACGAUUAUGAAAGAGAAUUCUACGACAUCAGUUAAUUUAAUCCCCUUGCCGAUGAAUGAUAAACUACCAGAAUCGACAGCACAAGAAAAUUCUAACGCAACGACGACAACGACAGUUGAUAUUGAAAAGAGAAGUAAAGAAACAGCUGGUUAUAGAUCGGAGAAAGAGAAGAUAACACUAGGCGACGUGCAUCCAUACAUUACAUGCUAUUUAUGCAAAGGCUAUUUAAUAGAAGCAACAACAAUUGUAGAAUGUCUACAUACGUAUUGCCACAGUUGUCUCAUGAAGCAUCUAAGUCGCGAGAAAUGCUGCCCGCAAUGCGAAAUGAGCAUUAAUAAAUCGAAAACGAAUAUCAAAUAUGAUGCAACAAUUCAAUCAAUUGUAUAUAAACUUGUGCCUGGAUUGUAUGAGAAGGAAUUAUUAAGACGUAGAGCGUUUUAUAAGCAAAGACCAGAUGAAGCCAAAUUAGCAACCCCUGAAGAACGUGGUGACGAUACUGAACAUUUGAUAUUUAGCCCUUCCGAUUUAAUUUCACUAUCAAUAGACUAUGCUGAAAAAGAAACCCUAAAAGGGAUGGAAAGCGACCCUCAUGUACAGAAUUUAUUAAAGCCCAGAUUCCUCAAUUGCCCAGCAAUUUUCAAAGUUGAAUACUUAAAGAAAUUCAUCUUAAAUAAAUUCCAUAUUAAUAUUAAUAAAUUCAAUGUUGAAAUAAGUUACAAAGUAAAAACAAUCGUCCUUCCCGAGCACUAUACAUUGAUGGAUGUUGCAUAUAUUUACACAUGGAAAAAGGAAGCACCAAUGCCUUUUUUCUUUCGAAUAAUUGCUAAAAAUUCCAGAAGCAAUGAGUUACCCGAAGUCUCAUUGCGCAGGUCACCAACAAAUAUGACGAAUUUAAACGACGAUCUCAACGACACAUCUACAAAUACAUUGUCGAAAAAGAAGAGCGUAUCGUUUAAAGAGGACGUCGAAUCAUCUGAUAUUAAAGCUGGAAAGGAUGUUCAGAAGACAUCAAAUGUAAGCAGCAGCAAAGGUGGAAAUGGAAUGAGUUAUGUAGGUGGAAAAAAUGAGAAUGCGGAAGUAAAAAAAUCUUCACCACCAACACCACAACAACCGCCACGUGUCGAGAGUAUUAAAUUAAAAUUUGAUGUUUCAAAUAAUAACGUGAGUAUCAUAAAGCCUGACGGUACAACAGUCAAGACUGAUACAAAGUCAAAGAAGAAAGAUAAGGAGAGCAAAAAAGCAAGUAAAUUUGAUAAUAAUAAUUUCAUCAUCGAGAAUAAAUCGCCGUUAUUAAAUAACGAAAAGAGAGAUGAAUAUGAGUUCGAUGAUGAAAUUGAGAAACAGAAGCUCGGAUUCCUCAAUACGUUUCAACUAACGGCAAAGAAAAUGUUGAUGCAAAAGAACACAAAUUUAUCCCAAAAUAAUAAUAAUAAUAGCACGAACAAAAAUAAUAAUAAGAACAGUUCCGAUAGUAAAAUCACAUCGGUGACAAAAACGGAUGAAAAUACGAAUAGCAAAAAUAUUGAAGAGGGUAAAAAUCUUACGCAAAAAUCUACAGCCGAGAAUAACAACAGCAAUGUUAAUAAACGUAAAAGUAAGGAGCCUGUUAAAGCUGAAAAGGCAAAAAAGUAUAAAUUCCAUGAAAUGAAAUCCGUUAGUGAGGGAAGUAAAUUUUUAUUUACAAAAACUGGGGAUGGUCAUGAAAUUACAUUCGAUAUGUCACUGAAACCGUUGGGUAGUAAGCCUCCGUUGAGUAAGGUGAAAAGUGAUAUUUUAAUGGCACAACAGAGGGCAGAUGCGAAGGCAAUACAAAGUAAAAACGAGGCAAAUAAUGCCAGUGAAAAAAAUCAGGCCAAUAAAACUCCUCAAAUUAAACCCAAAAAAUUACCAAUGCUGCUUCCAAAGCAAACGCCACAGACUAAUACAAAUAUCACAUCAACAUUUAUUGCUCCAACUUCUAUGUCACCUACUGCAUUUGUGAUUAAAAAACCAGAUGCUAUUCAAAAAGAGCCUGAAAUUGCGACAACAUCAGAAAUCAGUGUAAGGAAAUUAAGUGAUGUUAAUCAUCAGUAUCGAGUUUUUGGACCAAGUUCACCGGAGACAAAUAACAAAGAAAAGGAACCGGAAGCUCAAUUUAAAUCACCAAAAGACGUUUUUGUUCAGCCUUUACCGCCAAAACCAAAAGCUAAUCCAUUAACAGCCCCACCCACAACAAUACCUGUCUCGUCAGCAUCAAAGCCUUUUGGAUUUGGUCCUAAACAGCCUAAAGUUAUUCCUGAAAACAUGCAAACACCUUAUGGAAGUCGAACACCAUUCUAUGUUCCAAGCAGUCCAUCCUAUACACCAAAUUUUGAUCCAAAACCACAAUUUAAAUAUGCAAAUCCAAAUGCCUAUGCCUCAUUCAUGCAAUCAAUGUUUUCGCCAGUAAAUGAUAAAAUUCCAGCACCAAUUAACACAUCACAAUCAUCAAAAAUUCCUUCAGUAUCAUCACCAACUGACUCGAAAAAUCCACGUAAACGACUUUCCACUGAUUCUAUGCCAAAUUUAUCAAAACGAAAAUCUCCGUCACCAACAAAAUCGACAAAUGCAACAGUUCCGACACAGCCAACAACAACAACAACACAAGUGUCGACAUCAUCAACAGCAACAGCAACGACUAAUACAAGUGGUGAUACGGAAACAAAAGCUAUUUCAAUUUUAAACAAAAUCAGCUUUCCGUCAUCGUUGAGUGUGACUCUAACAAAUGAGCAGGAAGAGAAUAAGAAAGAACAACUUCGUAGUCAGAAACAAAAUGUUAAUAAUAAUAUAGAGAUCAUAAAAAUAUCAGAUGAAAAAGAAGCAGCAAAAAAUUCAAAAUCUCCAUCACCACCAAAGAAUAGUAAUAACGAGAAACCUGAAAAUGCUAAUGAGAAGCAGCAGAUUCAGAAAAAAUUGCCAGAAUUAAAGAAACUAUCACCAAUUUUACCGGCACCGCCAAAUGUUUCAUCAAUGCAACCGCCAAUUUUACCUCCACCCGCUGUCGCAAAGGCAUUAUCGGAUUCAAAAGAAAGUUUUCAACGUGCAUUCCUUGAAUCAUUAAUGAGUGUCACAAAUCGUGAUAAAAAUAUGGAUAAUAAAAAUACUCAUCGUAAGAAGGAAGGAAAAAGUCAGUCAGCAUCAGCCUCACCCGAUGCAUAUAAAAACAAGAAUCAUUCAGAUUUAGAAAGUAAAUCAGACUUAAAGAAGAAUAGUAAUAAUCAAGAUAAUGGCAUGAUGGGAACAACAACAUCAACAUCGGCAGCACAACCAAAAAAGAAUCUGUCAUUAACGCCUCCGCUGUCGAAAAAUAACACUGAUAAGUUAAAUUCCAGCACAAACUCGGCAAUGAAAUCAUUGACACCACCACCACCAAUGAUGAUGCAAGAUCAUUCAAUGUUCUCACCACAAGCGGUUGCAGCAUCAUCGGCAGUACAAUUUAAUCUUAUGUUAAAUGCAUUGAAUGCAGCAGCAGCAACUGGCGGUGCCCCUUUUGCAUUUCCCGACUAUGCUAAUAUUCAGCGAACAAUGCUAUUGGAAACUUUGAGAAAGAAUGUCGAGAAAUCAAAUGCAUUACUCGCCAUGCAUCAUCAAUUACAGCAACAGCAGCAAAAUCAAAAAACUUCUCCUAAUUCUUCUUCUUCCUCAUCGAAGCAUUAAGAAAGUUUUAUUUUUGUUUCUCUCCUUUAUGUUCGUAUUAUUGUUUCAUUUUUUUCUUGUUUUUCUUUAUAUUUCUUUCUUCAGUGGCGUUUCCAGAAAUUUUAAGAAUUAUUCCGGGUUAUAACAGACUUUUUAAAUAUUUGAAUUUUUUCAAAAGUUUUGAAUUUUUUAAAAAUAAUUUAACCGUUAAAAUUUUAAGAAAAGAUAAAAUGAUUUAAAUGAAUUUUAAAAUCGAAUUGUCUCGAAACUGGAAGCCCCACAGAAAUGUAUAUAAAAUUAUCAAUGAAUUUAUAUUAUUAUGAAUAUGAAUACUGCAAAAAGAAGAAGAGAAACAACGAUGAUUAUGUCCAUAAAUGGAUUUUCUCUUUAUUUGUCUUGAUUCUUAAAAGAAAGAAAAGAAAAAAGUUUUUUUUUAUAAAAUACAUAAUGAAUGUAUUUCUUUAUCGUCAUGUUUAUUAUUAAGAUCUAUCAGUGUUACUACAUUUAAAAAUUGUACAUAAAUGGAUUCUCGUCUUGAGAAAAAAAAUUUCACUGAAGAAAAAGUUUUUAUAAAUUUUUUGUGGCAUUUUAAAUGCUCGAUUUUUAAAAAAAGAAAGAAUUUUCCAAUAUUGUAAAUUUAAGUAUUGAUGAUAAGUUGAAGAAUGUUUGAAAAUUAGAAAAUUCUUUUAGUUUGGAAUUUAAACUGUACAGGCAUCCAGUGAAAUAUUUUGACUUGUUUUUUUCUCAUAAAAUUUAUUAUAAAUAUAGCUUAUAAUUUAUCUUAAUGUAUACUUAUUAUGACGCUUAACGUCUUUGAUAUACGAGCGAUUUAGAAAUGAGAUGGCAGUUUGUGGGGGUCGAGUUUUUGCUAUUCAUUUGAGAUCAUGGAAUAUUCCAAUAAUAAAUAUUUAUUUGCUGGCUGGAGAUAUAGCUUGGUUACGUGCAAAUAUUGUAACUAGUGAGCUAAAUUAGAAAUAAAAUUGCAAUCAAAUUCCAACUUACACCCUCAAGUACCAAAAAUGAAUUUUAAAUUGAAUGCAAAUGAGUCAAAGUUAUCAAGAUUUAAAAGAAAACUUUGGAAAUAAUAUAGACAGUUGAAUCAUCAACCUGAAAAUGCGAAAGACUGAUUUUUAAAAGAUAGAUUUUAGGGGGAUUUGGGUAGAUAGGCGACAUUAGGGUUGAUGUGUUUGUGACAGAGAAUUUUUGGUAUUCAACAUUUUAUGCUUACGGGAGUAAAAAAUUGGUGAAAAAUUUCGAUCAAAAUAUAUUAUGAAUUUUUAAAAUAAAUAUUGUGAUAAUGGAUGGGAGGGUUGAACUCAUCAAUUUAUUGGAUAUUCCCUCAUGUGAAAAAAAUUUGUGAAGUAUUAGUGACAUGAGUUAAAAGCUACAAAUAGCUUAGCAUAGUCCAUUAUAUAAUUGUAUAGCAAUCAAUUUGCCAUUUCGACUGCCAACGAACUGACUUCUCAUUCCCAUAUAGCUCAAAAUUAUUGUCCUCUCUAAAAUAAGAAUAUAUAAAAAAAUUCUUGUGGCAUUCUGUGAACAAAAAAACAUAAAAUCUGCUGUCAUUAAAAUUCAU